UAAAAAUAGUUUAUGUGAUAUAAUAUAAUAUAUCAUAUCAUAUCAUAUAUUAUAUAACCUAGGCCAACAAAAUAAUGACUUUGUUUGGCAUUGGAGAAACUCUUUUGGCAAUUAUUCUUUUUAUUGCAAUCCAUUAUUGGAGGAUUAACAAAACCACAGCCAUAACAAAGUGGCCUGUGGUGGGAAUGCUACCCAGUCUCUCAUACAAUAUAUCCAACUUCCAUGAUUAUAUAACCUCAAUUGUGAAACAAAAUGGAGGAACUUUCAUUUUUGAAGGACCUUGGUUCACAAACAUGAACAUUGUUUUCACUUCUGAUCCCAUGAAUGUGAAGCACAUCACAAGCACACAGUUUGAAAACUAUGGGAAAGGAAAACAUUUCAGAGAGAUUUUCGAAACUCUUGGAGAAGGAAUUUUCAGGGCUGACUCCCACAUUUGGAAGUACAACAGAACCCUACUUCAUUCAAUUUUCAGACAGGAAAGCUUUCAGGUAUUUAUUCAAAAGACCAUUGAGAAAAAAAUUUAUAGUCAUCUUCUUGUGUUUCUUGAUCAUGCUUGUGAAAAUAGGGUGCAAGUUGAUUUGCAAGAUGUUUUUCAAAGGUUAACUUUUGAUAAUAUAUGUUGUAUAGUUUUAGGGUUUGAUCAUAAUUGUCUUUCUAUUGAUCUCCCUGAAAUUGCAUGUGAGAGAGCCUUUACUCAGUCUGAGGACACAUUAUUCUCUAGACAUAUAAAACCAAGGUUUUUGUGGAAGCUCCAGAGAUGGCUUCGAGUCGGUGAAGAGAAAAAGUUUAUAGAGAAUCAGAAAAUUGUUGAUCAAAUGAUUUAUUCAGAAAUCAAAUCCAUAAGAGAAAGUAAAAAACAACAACAAUUUGGCUUGCUAGAUAUGCUUAUGAAUGAAGUGAGAGAUGGACAAAAUCUAAUAGAUGACAAGUUUCUAAGAGACACAACAAUUAACCUUCUUGCAGCUGGAAGAGACACUAUUAGUUCUGGCCUUACUUGGUUUUUCUGGUUGGUUGCAACACACCCUAUUGUUGAAGCUAAGAUUCUUGAAGAGAUCAAAGAGAAACUAUCAUCAAAGAAAGAUUUAGGAGUGGAAGGGCUUAGCAAGUUGGUUUAUCUACAUGGAGCAUUAUGUGAAACCCUAAGGCUAUAUCCGCCGGUGCCGUUUGAGCAUAAGUCUCCAUUGAAACAUGAUGUGCUUCCUAGUGGACAUAAGGUUAAGGAAAAUGCAAUGAUAGUGUAUUCUCUAUACUCAAUUGGAAGGGUGGAGGAAAUAUGGGGAAAAGAUUGCUUGGAGUUUAAGCCAGAGAGAUGGAUUUCUAACAAAGGAGGGAUAAUUCAUGUGCCUUCUUAUAAGUUCAUUGCUUUCAAUGCUGGACCAAGGAGUUGUUUGGGUAAGCAUAUAAGUUUCAUUGAGAUGAAAAUGGUGGCUGCUGCAAUAUUGAUGGAUUAUCAUGUUCAUGUGGUGGAGGAUCAUCCUAUAAUCCCAAGUGUUUCUGUUGUUCUACAUAUGAAACAUGGCUUGAAAGUUAAUAUUAAGAAGAGAUCCAUUUGAUGAUUAUUAGAGAUCUUUUGAAAAUAAUUGGACUUUGUUCAGAUGUUGUUAUAUGUAAUG